AAGAAGCAGAAGAUAUGGACUCUAGAUAGGCUUUUUAACUGCAAAAAGAUACAGUUCUUAUUAGAGUUCAUAUAUUUGAAAGCUUUUUCUCAAAUAUUUAUAUUUAUUUGAGAAAAAAAAAAAGGAAAUUAGUAUAAUGGGAAGGGGAAGGGUAGAACUGAAGAGAAUAGAAAACAAGAUAAACAGGCAAGUUACUUUUGCUAAGAGAAGAAAUGGACUUCUGAAGAAAGCUUAUGAACUUUCAGUUCUGUGUGAUGCUGAAGUUGCUCUUAUUAUCUUCUCUAACCGCGGCAAGCUCUAUGAAUUCUGCAGCAGCUCAAGUAUAUCCAAGACACUGGAGAGAUAUCACAGAUGCAGUUACUCCAACCUUGAAGCUGGCCAAUCUUCAACCGAUUCUCAGAAUAGCUACCAGGAAUAUACGAAGCUGAAAGCAAGAGUGGAAGUGCUACAACAGUCUCAAAGGCAUAUCCUUGGAGAAGACUUAGGACAAUUAAACAUAAAAGAGCUGGAACAGCUUGAGCGCCAACUGGAUUCAUCUUUGAGGCAAAUAAGGUCAAGAAGGACGCAAAACAUGCUUGAUCAACUUUCUGAUCUUCAACAAAAGGAACAAUCUCUUCUUGAAAUCAAUAGAUCCUUGAAGAUAAAGUUGGAUGAAAACUAUGUAGCCAACCAAACUCAUUGGGAUACUGGAGAACAAAAUAUACAAUUUAGACAUCAACCUGCUCAGCCUCAGGAGUUUUUUCAGCCUCUGCAGUGCAAUAAUACAAUGCCAAACAGGUACAAUCAAGCGCCAUGGGAUAACAUAGAACAAUCAACACAGAAUGCUACUGGAGUUUUACCUGGAUGGAUGCUUUGAUGGUUGGAGCUAAAGGGGAAUCAAAUUCACUUACCCUACCUUUUACAAGAAAUUAAGUUAAUGCAGUUUGAGAAUGGAAAAGAAAAAUUAAUAAAUGUAACUUUUCCCAUACAUACAAUUCAAGUAUCAGACUUUCAAAAGACUACUGCUGGCAUGAUUAGUAAACUAGUUAAUGAGUACGCAAAGCAUAACCAUAUAUGUCAUGUAAUAAGUCAAAUUACAUCUUUAAUUUUAAUUUAGACUCGUUGUUCUUGUUUCAGUU